AGAAUCAUCUGAAAAGGUAAGAAAAAGGCAUGAAAAAAGAUUCGAGGCUAACACAACUGGCGCUGAUAGAGAGAGAGAGAGAGAGAGAGAGAGAGAGAAAGAAGAGCACUGAACAUUUGAGCCAUUCGUCUUUCUCCGGCACCUGAAUUAAUUAAAAAUAUGUAUAUGUAUGUGCAGACCUGAUCGCAAAACUACGAUUAGGUCAACCUCCAUUAUUACUCCUUGGCGAUAUACUUCAGGAUAAGAAAAUGGAUGCAUCCGCUGGUCAUGGGAGCGGUAGCGCGGAUAUGUUCUUACGGAACUACAAGCUCGGAAAAACUCUUGGUAUUGGCUCAUUUGGUAAGGUGAAAAUUGCAGAACAUGCUCUGACAGGACACAAAGUUGCUAUCAAGAUUCUUAACCGUCGCAAGAUAAAGAAUAUGGACAUGGAAGAAAAAGUUAGAAGAGAAAUCAAGAUAUUGAGGUUGUUUAUGCAUCCUCACAUUAUACGACUUUAUGAAGUCAUAGAGACACCGACUGAUAUUAAUGUGGUGAUGGAGUAUGUGAAGUCUGGAGAGCUUUUUGAUUACAUUGUGGAAAAAGGUCGGCUACAGGAGGAGGAAGCUCGCAAAUUUUUUCAGCAGAUAAUUUCUGGUGUAGAGUAUUGCCACAGGAAUAUGGUGGUUCAUAGAGAUCUUAAGCCUGAGAACCUGCUUUUGGAUUCCAAGUGCAAUGUCAAGAUUGCUGAUUUUGGUUUGAGCAAUAUCAUGCGGGAUGGUCAUUUUCUAAAAACAAGUUGUGGAAGCCCAAACUAUGCUGCCCCAGAGGUUAUAUCUGGUAAAUUGUAUGCUGGGCCUGAGGUAGAUGUAUGGAGCUGUGGGGUCAUCUUGUAUGCUCUUCUCUGCGGCACGCUUCCUUUUGAUGACGAAAACAUACCUAACCUUUUUAAGAAAAUAAAGGGUGGGAUAUACACUCUCCCCAGUCAUUUAUCUGCUGGCGCUAGGGAUUUGAUUCCAAGGAUGCUUGUGGUUGAUCCUAUGAAGCGAAUGACUAUUCCUGAGAUUCGUCAGCAUGUGUGGUUUCAAGCUCACCUUCCUCGCUAUUUAGCUGUGCCCCCACCAGAUACAAUGCAACAAGCAAAAAAGAUUGAUGAGGAUAUUCUUCUAGAAGUUGUUAAGAUGGGAUUUGACAGGAACAGCCUUGUUGAUUAUCUUCGCAAUCGAGUACAAAAUGAGGGUACCGUUGCAUACUAUUUGCUAUUGGACAACCGUUUCCGUCCUUCCAGUGGCUAUCUUGGAGCUGAGUUCCAGGAAUCUAUGGAAUAUGGUCUCAACCGCAUGAGUCCAAAUGAUUCUGCUGCUUCUACUGUUGGGCCACGUUCUCCAGGAUACAUGGAGUAUCAAGGAAUGGGCUCCAGACCCCAGUUCCCAGCUGAGAAGAAAUGGGCUCUUGGCCUUCAGUCUAAGGCACAUCCUCGUGAGAUAAUGACCGAGGUUCUCAAAGCUUUGCAAGAGUUGAAUGUGUGUUGGAAAAAGGUUGGGCACUAUAACAUGAAAUGCAGGUGGAUUCCUGGCAUUCCCGGACAUCAUGAAGGCAUGAUCAAUUGUAUGCAAAGUAAUCAUUACUUUGGGGAUGAAUCCACUAUCAUAGAGAAUGACGGUGUUAAUAGCUCACCCAAUGUGGUCAAGUUUGAAGUGCAGCUUUACAAAACUCGCGAAGAGAAAUAUCUGCUUGAUCUACAGAGGGUUCACGGCCCACAGCUUCUAUUCCUUGAUCUUUGUGCUGCUUUUCUCGCUCAGCUCCGGGUUCUGUAAAUUUAGAAACUCGAUUUAACUUGAUCUCUGUAUAUGUAACCUAUAUUUCUGUUCAGUUGUAUGCGCUCUGAGCCAAUCUCGGUAGAGUUGUGGGCUUCUGCUGUGAGCAUCCCUGUCAUUUUCAACUUGCAUCUUUGGUUAUUAAGCCGUAGGACCAUACAGAUUCCUAAUGGAUUAUGGAAUGGAGGGAUAUUUUUUUAUU